AAAGACGAUCGGUAGGGAGGUGGGCAUGCCUGGCAUUCUUUCCACCAUCAUGUAGAGUUUGCUCCACAUUUCAAUGCCACCGUUGCUUAAGAGAGGACACUGUCUCUAGACUCUAUUUCCAGAGAAGAACAACAGUGUAUGAUAUAAAACCAUCAGCCAAGCAAAGGAAAGAGUACAAAUUCACCAUGUCGGAAUCUACGGCUGCAAGCACGCCUCAGAGGAAGCCGUCGGUCAACAAAAAUAUCAAGAAGCUGCGGACACUAAGCAUGGUGUGCAACCUAGCGAAGAGCUGGCAGCAGUGGAUAUGUGAGAAUGAAGAGAAGCAGUCCAGUGAACCCACAGGCUGGGCACCAGAGGACAAAACCAUUAAGAAUGAGCAAACUAAGCCUGGACCUUCUCAGAAGAAGGAUCCCUUAGACCUGCCUCAAAAACCUCAGAAGAAGGAGGUAGAGGAGGAACCUGGAGAAUCUCGCAUCAAGACCAAGCAGGUGGUCAAGACAGUGACCAGAGACGUGCAGGAAAAGAGUGCAGGCAUCGAGUUCCUGACCAACCGCAUUUGUAAGGAUCCAGCAACGGAGGAGCUGGACAAGAUGCUGAACAAAAGGAGCUCACCCACACGACGCAGGAAGUGCUCAAACAUGGUGUCAGAGCUGACACAGAGCUGGAAGGUGAUGGAGAAGGAGCGAAAAAGGGCCGGGGAAGCUGAUGAGGACAGUGGCUCUUCUGAGGCCAAAGAGAGAGCCCUAGAGCUGGACGAUGUUUCAGAGGAGACCAAAGAGAACGAGACUGGAUCACUUAAAAUCAAGAGACCAUCGACACUUGGGUCCAAGAAAGAGGCACAGGAUGCCAAUAAAAUAAACGCCCUUUCCGACAAGUACAGCGCUGUAGGAAGCCUCAAGAGCCGCUGGCAGAACUGGGCUUCAGAACACACAGUCAACCAGAAGCUGAACCCAUUCAGCGAGGAUUUCGAUUAUGAGUAUUCCAUGUCCACCCGCCUGCGGAAGGGUGAGGAGGGAUACGGCAGGCCCAAGGAGGGCAGCAAGACAGCAGAGAGGGCCAAACGGGCGGAGGCACACAUCCACCGCGAGAUCGAACACAUGUGCUUCAUCAUUCGGACCAUGGCUGACCAGGACCCAGACGGAUACACCCGGAUCACUUUCGGCGAGCUGUUUGACAGAUAUGUACGAAUCUCUGACAAAGUAGUGGGCAUCCUGAUGAGGGCCAGGAAACAUGGGAAGGUCGACUUCGAGGGAGAGAUGCUGUGGCAGGGUCAGGACGAUGGGGUCAUCAUUACGUUACUUGUGUGAUAAAAGGAUUCCAUAAACAAGAGAAGAUAUUAUGAACUUUGCUGCUGUAGAAAAAAAUAUAUUCAUAGACAAGUUUUCAGUUCAUGCUUACUGACAACUUAAAAUUCCAGGUCUACCAUUUCUGACUUUUCUGUACCAUCUACCAAUAGAAAACGACACAAUAUGACCACA